AGCCAUUCACAUCGCAGUUAGCUUUCGCCUCGAACGGACGUGCUUCUUAAAACCUUAAACAAAACUAAACUUGGCUUUAACCCUAGCGCUCCCUACGUUCCAUAACGCGGCAUUCCAGUGCAUCGACGAGCCAAAGAGCCAACCUACAUUUUGUUAACUCCCUGCAAGCCAAACCCGUUUCUCCAGCACCAAAAAAACCAUGGCAUCCAACCGAGCAGCCAAGUCUGGUUUCGCCGCCGAGGCCCAGCGCAAAAUCAACUCAAAGUACAGCGAGGAGCUGGCCCAGGAGUCCCUGGAGUGGAUUAAGGCGGUUACUGCUGAGCCCAUCAACACCUCCGGCGACACCGAUAACUUCUUCGAGGUGCUCAAGGAUGGCGUGAUCCUGUGCAAGCUGGCCAAUGCCCUCCAGCCCGGCUCCAUCAAGAAGAUCAACGAGAGCAAGAUGGCCUUCAAGUGCAUGGAGAAUAUCAGUGCCUUCCUUGAGUGUGCCAAGAACUUUGGUGUCCCCACCCAGGAGACAUUCCAGAGCGUUGACCUGUGGGAGCGUCAGAACCUUAACUCUGUCGUUAUCUGCCUGCAGUCGCUGGGUCGCAAGGCCUCCAACUUCAACAAGCCAUCGAUUGGACCCAAGGAGGCGGACAAGAACGUUCGCAACUUCAGCGAUGAGCAGCUCCGCGCUGGCGCCAAUGUCAUCUCUCUGCAGUAUGGAUCCAACAAGGGUGCCACCCAGUCGGGCAUCAACUUUGGCAACACCCGGCACAUGUAGAUGAAGGACCUCCUCCUAGUCCUUGUAUGCCUCCUCUUCCAUACCAUCUCCGCUCUCAGACAUUCCGCAAUAAAAGCCAAAACCAAAACGCUUUGCUUUUGGGUUCAACACACACACACACCAUACACACACACUUCAUGGGUAGAGCCCCAAAAAUGAUUUAUGAUAUAUGAUACGGAUAUAUAUUUAUGAUACCAAUUUGUAUUUGUAUUCCAAUUGACGACACCUGACGCGUAUGCUGUUAUGUAACAUAACAUAAACUACUUUAAUUUAAUAUUAUUAAGUAAUCGUACAUACGGAUCUUAGGAUGAUUUAUUCAAUUUUUCAACAUUUGCAUUUGCGACACACAUGUUUUGAAGCCGAAAACCGCACUCCGAUUUCGUGCCAUCGAUAAAGAAGUACCACAUUUGCAAAAAAAAAUGAGAUAAUAAGGAUCAGAGGAUCAAAAACAAAUCGAGAAUUGUUUUUUAAUGAACGAAAGUGUCUUCAAUCUCGUAGAGUAAACUUGUUACCAAUCGUUGUUUCAAACUAACCACCUGAAUAUAUAAAUCAAAAAGCAGAGCAUUUAAAAAGAUGUAUUUACAAACCAAUUAAAUAUAUAUUACACACUUUUGAAUGAUCUAUUUUAAA